AUGGGUGCUUUACGCAGAAUCAAGAAUAAGCGUCGCACAAGAGACUACGACCAGGUCUGUGCCGAUAUUGAGUCGCCUCGUCACCUGGAGAUUUUCCAGGAGAGCAAGGAUGCAGAGGAUCUGCCAGGUUUAGGACAGCAUUACUGUCUGGAGUGCGCCAAAUGGUUCGAGAGUGAUUAUAACCUGAAGGCGCACACCAAGGGCAAGAACCACAAGCGCAGAGUCCGCAUCUUGAAAGAAGAACCUCAUUCCCAAAAAAUCGCUGAAGCUGUGGUUGGCCUGGGCGUAGACAACGGCAAGCGACCUCAACAGGAAAACGUCGAAAUGGAGGACUGA